AUGAUGAGCCACACGUUUGUUAGCAGUUUGGGCGCCAAUAAGCACGAAAACGGGGCUUCGGUUUUACCCCUGCCACUGAAUCUGAUAGCUCUCAUAAUUUCAUACCUUGACCGCCCUGCAGACCUCGGCCGGACUUGUCGCACAUGUCGCGUUUUCCAUUAUAUCGGCCUCCCUCAACUCUACUCCAACGUCUCCUUAAGAUCUUACGACUACAUACGCUAUUCGCGCCGUGAUGGCCGGCCAGAUGGCUGCGGCAUGGCAAGCCCUUUCUCUAUGGGCUUGAAUGGGCUGGUGGCGAGGAAUGUAGCUGGCUACGUGAAGCAUUUCGAGGUCUGCGGAGAGUGGAAAGAACAUGAACUGGAAGAACACGCAAAAGUUGGGAGGGUACCUGAUGAGACCAUGAUGUUGAAUUCGCUGGUGCGAGCAGCGGUGGAGAAGAUGGCGGUACUAGACAGCUUCAGCUGGGCGUUGAACGUCAAGAUGUUGCCGGUUAUAUGGCACGGACUUGCACAGCGGAAUUCAAUAACGAAACUCACGGUCAGAUUCCCUUCAAGUCGACAUCCUCGACCACUCACCCUCGUGCCCCCAAUGCCGAACUUGCAAGACUUGAAGGUCACCGACAUAGACCCACUUUGCUACCCAGAUGACAUAUCCCUACUUCUGCUCGGCUCUAAAAACCUUCGACAUUUGAAGCUUCAUUGGAGUCCUCGCAUGCGGGAAGCUCGGGAACUUAGUACGCAGGAAUCCGCCUACUUUGGAAGAUGUGCUGCUGCAAGAUACUCAAUAUCCCUGCAAACCCUUGCUGUACAGAAUCUAUACACGUAUCAUGACAUCUCCAACUGCGACUUAUUUGAUCACUCCUUUGUGGAAGAAGUAACGUUGCUCAACAGCACUGGUGGACUUGGUGAUGAUGCCGGCACCGCCUUCGUGGACCAGCACAAUUGGCGAAAGACCGAAGAAAACGUGCCGUCAAACCUCAAAAUGCUCCGUAUUGAUAAAGUCUCCCGUCAACAAUGCUCAUUCAUCGAGAGCAUCAAUGGACUAGAAAAGCUAUACCUCAUCGGUCCACAGCCUUCCCCAGGACGCAGAGUCAAAGGCACCACGCCAAAUUGUGGAAAAUCUCUGCCGGAUUCACCCGCCUCCAGCCACUCUUCUCCCAGCAGCACCGACAACUCCAACAUCAUGACCUUAAAAGAAGACUACAUCGAAGCCAUCACGAAGAGCCAUGGCCACACUCUCAAGCACCUCCUCCUCCUCCCGCAAUGGCGCCUCACAGAUGACGACAUAGCCCUCAUAGUGCGCCAGUGCCCAAAUCUCGAACAACUAGGCAUCGGUGCCGAAUACUCCAGCUUCAAACAGCUCAGGCUCCUCGUGCCUUUUUUAAACAACCUCACAGCAAUAAGGAUCCUGAGUAGCCCAGAUGAUACAAGCUUUGUGAACAAGAUGCGUGAAAUGGAUGAUAGAGGGAUGCACGAGAAAACGCUGUCAGAGGAGACCGCAAAGUGGAACUUGAGUACGCUGCAGUACAUGGAAUUGGGUGGGGAAGAUUUGAUUUUUGAAGUCGGCAAGAGGGAGGGGGGGAAGGCCGGAUGGAAAAAGGUCGUGAAGAAGAAAGCGUGGGAGGAGGUGAGGGAUAUUGCUAUUUGGGCUUUGGAUUCUCAUGACUUAUGA